AUGGGUGACUCAGCUAUACACGCUCUAGCUGGUUCAGUAGGAGGAUGUGUCUCUAUGGCUUUGACUUAUCCGUUGGUCAACUUAUCCACCAGAGCAGCGGUCAAGAAGAAGACAGCUUCAGAGAAAGAUGAACAAUUGACUCUGCUUCAGGCAAUACGAAAGACUUUGAAGGAUGAAGGUUUAUCUGGAUUGUAUUCCGGGUUAGAAAGUAGUUUGUUUGGGAUAGCAAUGACUAAUGGGGUUUAUUAUGCUUUUUACGAAGAAAUGCGUAGUGUCUUACUUCGUCGACGUGCAAAUACUACUCAUUCACCUCAUUCACUCAGCACCCUAGAAGGUAUCUUAGCUGGGAUUGUAGCUGGGUCAAUCACAACUAUCACUACCAACCCCAUCUGGACAGUUCAAACCGCUCAAUCUGUCCGUGCUAUCACUCUUCCUCUUGCCGAGGGAGGAGAAAAUAAGAAAGUUCAGCCUUCUGCUGUACAGGUAGCUAAAGAGAUAUUUAAAUCUGAUGGAUUGAGUGGGUUUUGGAGAGGAAUCAGACCCGCUUUGAUUUUGGUCAUCAAUCCUGUCAUCCAGUAUACGACCUACGAACGUCUAGUUGGGAUUCUUCUUGCUUGGCGUAUCGCCAGACGAGGAACUGCAUCAAGUGGGAAAGUCGGACGAAGUGCUUUGACAGAUUGGGACUUGUUCAUCCUUGGAGCAGCUAGUAAAUUGGUCGCUACGGGGUUUACUUAUCCCUAUAUCGUGGUGAAAUCAAGACUUCAAGCAGCAACACACAAAUACAAAUCCUCUCUUCGGGCCAUACUUGACAUCCUCAAGUCUGAAGGUCUAGCAGGUCUAUAUGCGGGUUUAGGACCUAAAUUACUCCAAUCAGUUUUGACAGCUGCAUUCAUGUUCGUGGCUCAACGAAGGAUAUACGAAUCUGUCAAAAGUCUAAAGUCAAGUUGA